CUGUCAUUUUUUUCCUUCAUAACAGACACAAAUCUGGCACCGUGUGAGCAGAAAAUAGAAGACGUGAACGGCGUGAUCAAAACUGCUAAAUCUGGCACCAUCUCCAAUUGUACCUGGCUUAUUACAGUACCAGCCGGCAAUAAUAUUUUCCUAAAGUUCACAACAUUGGAGUUGGAGUUCAAGUACAAGCAUUACUCCUGGCCAACUGAGAAAGAAACUGAGUUACAAGUAUGGGACGGUCACAACGAGUCAAGUGCUUCGCUUGGAAUUUACCGUGGAACAAAACGAGCAUUUUCCCUGCAGUCGAGUGGUCGUUACCUAUUCAUACGGCUAAGAGUGCUCCCUGAUACUGUUCUUUGCAAUGUUCAAGCAUUGUUUUUCGCUAGUACUGUAAUAGGUAAGAGUGAUUUUGGUCUUACUCUAGCGUAGUCAGGACUGAAUCCCGAUAUUUAUUUCACCUAUAAAGGUAUAGUAAAAAGUAGUCAAGUGAAAGAAAUCUAGGCAAAUUUCAUUUAAAUCACUUAGAACUCCAUUGUUUAAGGUAUGCGGGAUAAAAAGAUUCAUUUUCACUGCCUGAAAGAAUUAGGGAGCGAUGUAUCACCAAAACAUCCCUGUUGUCGAAUAAACAAGGCUACUGGUAUCACGCUCAACAGCAGGUAAUAUCAAAAGCAAGACUGUAAUGAUUCCUUUUCUAGUCACAGUUUUGACUGAAAGGAUGGUUUUCUCUAGGGACUGAGUCGGAGUCGGAGUUGGAGUCGGAGAAAUAUUAAACCAGAAGCGUACAACGACAACAAGAACAACAAAAAAACGUUAUUAAUAAGCAAAUAAAAUUACAAAAGUAUUGCCCGCAGCUAGCAAGGCUAUGCCGGUCAUAGUUGAGAAAGGUUAAAAUAUUAAAAGAUUUUAAGGAAAUUUAGUUAGAAGCCGGAGUGAUCGAGAACACGUCCGACUAGACGCUCUCGGUACCAAUCGUAGGUACCAAGCAUAGGACUUUACGAUCUGGUGAAAACAGCGUUCUGAUUCCGCCGAAUCCGACAAUCUGGUUUCAGUUGAUUGUAAUCGAUGGAGUCAUAAGCGAAGUUGGAGGAAAAUGGAAACGUUCUGAUUCUUCCGACUCCGACUCUGUUGCGCUGAGGACUCUGCUUACGACUCCGAGUUUUGAUUUUCACAAGGUCAUUUGCGCACUUACGACUCCACUUACGAUUCCGACUCCGACUCCGACUCCGACUCCGAAUUCUUUUAAAGGCUUGUGACUAGUGAAAGCCAGCCUAAGAAUUAGAAGUUGCAAAACUGGCUAAUGAAGAAGUGUUGAAGUGCACGCACUCUUCGACGGGGAUAAAAUACGAACUACACCGUGGACAAUCAACGAAAUUAGUUGCUGUCGUUGUUGUUGUUGUCACAGAAAAGCCCGAAAUACAUUUCCCUGGUCCUGCCGUCAGAGCAAUGAAGGAUUUCUGGUUGAAGUGUUCAGCGAGAGGAACUCCUCCAAUUCAGAUAACAAUAAACCAGAAUGGCACACAACUGGUUAAGGGAACUGGAUUUGCUAAAGUACGUAUUGCAGACGAAGAUGAAUACAGAUGCACAGCAAGGAAUGAGGCUGGAACUGAUUCUAAAGAAAUAAUUGUAUCUUUUCCCACAAGUAAGUGUAACCACCCUUAAGCAGCGAUAAGAAUUCUUUCGUCGCAUAGUUCUACAACGAGUAGAGACCUUUAGCAUCAGGUUUUUCAUGGGAAACCGCAAACCGCAGUUUGCAGUUUCACGUUGCCGAGAUUUCAAAUUUUAGCAAGGCGUUCAGUUCAGUUUAGUUCAGUUCAUUUUUAUUUAGCCAAAAUAUAAUACAAUACAAGAAUACAUAUAGCAAUUGUAAGGUUGCAAGGGAGCCUAGAAGAAACCAGAAGGCUUAUGAAGCCUGGGCUCCCCAGUCUCAAAGAAAUAAGUAAAAAAAAAAAAAAUGAAAUUCGCGGAGUGAUACGUUAAAAAUAGGAACUAAACAGAGACUGAGUUAAGUCAUGAAUUCAGUAACAAGAUAGAAAAAAAAUUUAACUCUAGAUUGGAACAGAAUACUUUCUUUUGUUAGUACGGCAGUAAGGAAUAUAUAAUCGAUUUGAACUACGCGUUCAUUGUUUAGGGCCGCAUGUUGUUUUCAUCUAGUCGAAGUGCAUCACUUUAAUCGCCCAAAAAACGGCAAUAAUUCAUUGAUUCGAGAUCAAAAAUCCAACAAACACAUCGCAAACGGAUAUAAAAAUCUAGUUCAUGCCAUUAAACGCGAGGCUGUACAAUUUUGAGUGGCAUAAAACCUUGCUGUAAAUCACUUGCCGCUGGAAGCCCUUCCUGCGGUUCAAACGUGAACUGCAAACUGCAAACGUGACUGCAAGGCCAUGGCCACGUGACCUGAUGCUAAAGGUCUCUAAUAAAUACUUAACGGCUACGGUUAGUAUUCCAGUCGGUUUCGACCGGAAAAACUGUGCGUAAGAUUACCUAAAGUUCCUUUACGCUCUACAGCUGAUAAACUUCCAGCUGCAGCUAAGCAGGUUACGUACCGUGAUAAUAGAGAGUUUUAGAUCCGAGUUUACCGCGAACCUCUAACCGCGGUUUGCGGUUACCCGUUUGCGGUUCGACGUUCAAACAUAAUUCGAUUUAGAUUGGCGGUGGAUUAAACAAGUGGAUUCUGGUUUAUUAUUCCAUUUAGAAAUAGAAGAAAAAUUAAUCUGUGAAAAUAAAAGAAAUUUACGGCAACACUGGGUUAUCUAGCAGCAAAGAGCUGUAAAUUCUUACAUUAGUUCUUCUUGCAAUUUUACGGCCGCCAUUUUGAAUCAGCAGCCAUGAAUGGCACUUGUUUUCAAGAUCCAAUAGGAUUUAUCAAAUUUAGCAUUUCGCCCGAAUUUGUGCCUCUGUUAAUGUAUAAAGACUUGCUCCACAAGAUUUUUGUAUUAUUACGUGGGAUGAAACAAUAAUUAUACGCUAAAAGCUUUCAGGUAAAUGACAUACGUGAAAAACCAGCUCCCCACGUUGAAAACGCACGUUGUAAACCUCAAACGUGACGCGAAAGACUUGUCACGUGACCUCCAGCGGUUAGAGGUUCGCGGUAAACUCGGAUCUAAAACUCUCUAAUGUAAUCACCGCCCAGAUCUUUGUAAUAUUUUCAGAGACAUCUAAUGUUUGAACUACAAAAAUAUUUUAAUCUUUGAAAGUCAGUCUUUUUUUGGCAAAGUAUUAGCGAUCCCUUAACUGAGUGUCUUGUUUUGGUGUUCUGGCCGAUAACUUUAAAAAGUCUUUUGAGGAUCCUAUUUAAGGGAAGUUCGGCCUCUGGACUUUUGAUAUGAUUCCUUCUCUUGUCUAAUGACAAGCCGGCGAAUAUCUUAAUUCUGUUUCCCUCUUCAGAUUGCAACAGCGAAUGUAGUGGAUAUGGUGGAUAUACAGGCGAAGAGGAGACGAGAGCGGUAAACGGCUAUAGGUGUUCGGAUUCAUCUUCACACAACGACAUUUUCAGAUGCGCACCCACAAUUGCCACACACAUGUAAGUAGACCCUGUUGACUUAGUACUGAAAAUCAAGGUAUUUCAUGGCAGACAUUCUUGUAGGCUUCUCGCCUUUCCAGUGCAACACUGAAAAUAGUCUCUCACUGUUCUGGAUGCAUGGUAGUCAGGAUAGCACUGAUCAUUCUUCCUGGCGUGUCCCCUUUGUGAAGACCGUGUGAGGUGGACUCCCAUAAAAGUGAAGUGGAGUUUCAAGACUUAGAGGUUGUAUGUCCUGUAUUAUUUUACCGCUUGCUAAGCUUGUGGCGUAACUCAGCCACCCGACACUUGUUUAGGGCGAACAGAGAAGUAACGACAUGAGCAUAAGGCUCCUUCAUAGCGGAGCUCUCGCGCGCGCGAAGCGCGCGCUGCGGGGCAUCAUGGGUAAAAAAGUUUGGUAAACUAUCUAUCAGAGAAAAUUUGGUUAUGACGUAGCGUACGCCCGCCCACCCGUAAACACACUUCAUGUAAGCCGAUGUCAAAUGGCAAAGUAGAUCUUGCACAAGCCUCUCGGUUAUGUAAGCCAUCCUUAUGAGUAUGAUUAGAUUGACAGCUGUCAAAGUCAGACAUCCGCUGACAAUUAUCACAUGAACAUCUCGCGGGCUCAGAUAAAAGACCAGUCUAUUGGCUCCUACAUAUAAGCUGAUAUAAUAUGUCUCACUUACCAAUAUUCAACAUAAAAACGAAACUACGCCGGUCAGGGCUGUCAGUCGGCUACCAGUAGUUCCUCGCGAAGCGCCGAGCCGCGAGGUUUAUAAUGUCGUCGCGCGCGAAGCGUGCGUGUUUCACUCGAGCAUCGCAAGGCCAGCGUGAUUUCCUCUUGGCUUAACCUGAGAUCAAGCCCAAUUUUCGCGGUUCUCAUACAUUCUCUCUAACGGCUACCGCUAAAAUUGGGCCUGAUACAAACUCUCUGGCCAGAUUUUGGCCGUAACGCUGAUUGGCUGUUAGAACAAUGCCACAAUAUCUGAAAGCGCUUAUUCCUCGCGUGGUUGUUUUCGUGAAUGAUCCGUCAUCGGCGGAGCAAAGGAUCGAUUUUGCUGUCUCUUUUUAUUGUUUUAUGGUCUUAUGGUAUUAAAAUAUGCCUUAAUAUGUGCCACGGAAAUUCAGAAAAUUCAUAUAGUUGUUCAUAGCUUCUCAGGAUUUGCUUUAUUUACAGAACUAAUGUGAGAGUACCGCGGAGUUGAAUCCCUUUGCAAGUUGUUGACCGCUAACAAAGUGCCUUUUGAUUGACCAACAAACGAGUGCAAAUCAAAAUACUGUCCAUCUUAAAACUGGUUUCACUUGAAAGUUUAGCCGGGAAUGACUUCUCUGAACGGGGUACGCAAGCGGAGGAACCUCAAUCGCCAACUGUGAAGUAUUAGACGAAAAAUAUCGCAUCGCUGUUCAAGGAAUUUUUGUAGGCAUUAUUAUUAAAGCUGGUGGCGCUAGUCUUAAGGUAACAGACAUAUUGUAUGCCUUCGCUUAUUGUGAAAAAUAAACCAGGAAAACUGGUGUCCUCGCUCGUUGGCUGUUUGUUAAUUUCGAUUAAUAAAUUUAGCGAGCUUUUUAGACCUACAGUAAAACAACAACACAACUAAGGAGAACUACAAAGUGUGUUUGUAAUAUUGGUUUUCGUUUUGUUUAUAGGUCAGUUGAGCAUGCAGUUAGUGGCAGAUAAUAUUUACCCGGAUUUUUUAAAAAUUAUAUAAAUUUUUAGACGAUUGUUUCUCUAGUAAAUUCGCAAAUAUUAUUGCAAGUGUACGUACAGGACUAAAUCAGCUGCAUUAAAUGCACUUGAGAACUCGUUUGGUUUGUUCUGAAAUAAUUUAUAUAUCCUUUGAAAAAGUUCGCGAUAUAUGUCUUCAAGAUUUUUAAAGAUUUAUGUACUGAAAAUCGGGGAAAAAUAGAAAUUUCAGUAUUUUAAAUUCGAGCGCACCCAGCCAAAAAAAUAAACUGACUAGUAGAACAUCGUGUCGCCGUCUUUUCGAAAUCUUUUUAGCCUUUACGCCAACAGAAAUAACCUUCGAGAUCUCCUUUAAUAUCACAAGAAGUAAAAUGUGAUUGUGCUGACUGUUUUAUUUUUAGCUGAAAAAAAUAAAAGAUAAAAGCUAUCAUUAAGACAACCAGUCUGCAUUUUUCCCACGCAUGUAAAAUUUGCAUACUAGAAAAACAAGCAACGGAAGUAUUUUGGUUGGCUGAUUCGGUAAAUGUCAAUCAAUCAAAAAAGUGGGCGGAAGACGUUUCGUAGAAGGUUUGUAUCAGGCUCAGUGUUUUCGUUUCGCCUUGCCCGCAGGAAUGUUAUUUCAAAGCGAAACGAAAAUUGAAAUCUAUCGAGUUUGGUUGGUGUCCGCCGUGACGUCAUCCAGAGAAGUGACGUCAAAGUGCAUUAUGGGUUUCCAGGCAACCGAUUGCCAUCGACGACAAAGCUCUGGGUUUUAUUCAUGAAGACGGGUUUUUCAUCUGUGAAUUAUAACAGUGUUUACGGUCGCUGAAUCAUCACUCAGUAUCUCAGGCAAAUAAAAGAGAACAGCAAACUCAACAACGGUGGAUUCAACAAGUGGCUGGAAAUCCUCGCUGGGAAAGAUUUACAAACAAAACUCCGCAAUUGCGAGAACGUCGACGUUAAAUUCAGCGCGAGUAACCACAGGUAGCCCAAGCUCGAAAUAUGAGCAUCGGCGAGCAUCGGCAUUUCUGAGUACGAUUCAAAAUAUACGGAUUUGUAUGAAAAAAAAAACCUAUCGUUUCUGUAACCCACGAAAAUGAAAGGAUUUCAAUAAAAAACAGCUUACCUUACUUAAACUGUGUGUUACGUCUCUCCUGUGUGGUCUACGGACCGAUUUAUGGCCGUUUUAUGGGUCUUUGUAAACGAUUUUCUGUCUAUAUAAAGGUUUAAACUCCUUGAACUUGAACGGCUUGAACUCGAGUGUAGCUAAAUGUCGUGGGUCGUGGGUAGAGGUCGUGGGUCGUGGGUGCGGGUCGUGGGUGUGGGUAAAUAUCGUGGGUAAAAAAAGUAUAGAAAAAAAAUGAUAAAGUAAAGUAAUUGAAAAAAAGAAAUAAAGAGAAAAAAGUUGUAAAAUAUUUGUCAAACGAAAACCUGCAACUCCUUGAUUGCCUUUUUCAUCAUGGCUUCUUCUUCGUCCUCCCAGUUCUUGUUGGACUUAGCUUCCCUUUCACAACAUCACUGUAUGAAAGACAUUUUGCCGAUGAAGAUUUAUCCAUACCUGAGCUAUCGCCGCGAAAUAAACGAAACAGACGUAAAUUAUACCUGCAAUUUGCAGAAUGGGACAGCUCUGACUCGUUGAAUGAAAAUAGCUGCUCACUAGUUAUCUUCAGUAUUCGAUAGACAAUUCCAAUGAUCAGUGGAGACUUUUUAACACGAUGGAAUGCGAUCACCGUGAGAAAGGGGAGGGGAAAAGGACAAUUUUUAGGUAUUUCAUAUUUUUGGAUAGACGUCUUAGGUCUCAAUUACCUUACGAAGGAACCACCUUCAUUCCUAACCUUUCAAGUUAAGGCGAGACUGUAUGUAAAUUUUAUUGCCGUACCGAAAUACAACUUUCUCGAUUCUUUUUCUUGUUGCUGUUUUGUGUACAAAAUCUUUGCCGUAACGACUCGAAAUAUCACUCUUUAAACUGAAAGGACGUUUCAGCAUAGUUAAUUGAGUGGAAUGGUUAUGAAACCCGUCAGACUCCUUUGUUAUAUGUUUUUGUGGACCUGAAAGUGCACAACGUUCAAAAGAAUUCCUAUCAUUUUGAUUGUAUUGACCAAUAAAAACGUUGCAUUAAUUUAUUCCGUAACAAUUUGCCAACAGAAAACAAAGGAUUGUGCACUUUCACGGUGCUUUGAACAUAAACUGUAGCACUGUUGUUUUUAUCAUUGAUGUUUGCCGCUUUUCAUAACCAGUCUCCUCUAAUAACUAUGGUUUCAGUCACGAAUGUUGACAUCUUUGAGAAAAAGCAGUUCAGCCUCCAGUUUUUCUAUAGCCUGCUUUAGGUUUACAUAGUGCACAGAGUUUCUUUUAUUUUUCACCUAAAUGUCUUUUUAGUGUCCGUUUGUACUAGAGGAUUCGCUUAUUUGCUUUGCUGACCGCGGGGAAGGAGAAUAGGACUGGUAUGUACGCGGAGAUUUUCGUUUCAUGAAUUUUACAACUUUUUGCUGUUAUUUUUUUAAUUUUAAUAUUUUUUUUAGACUUAUUUUUUACCCACGACAUUUACCCACACCCACGACAAACACCCACUACCCACGACCCACGACAUUUAGCUACACUCCUUGAACUCCGCGUUACCGUUGAAAGAUAGCGACACGGCCUGAGACUCAAAUUACUCACACUCGGGGUGGGAGACAGUCUCUUGCUCCCGUUGACAUCAAUACCCGUGAAAGAAAACAACGGGGGCAAGAGACUGUCUCCCAAUCCCAGUGUGAGUAAUUUGAGUCUCAGGCCGUGUCGGUAUCUUUCAGCACAGGCGGCCCAAACUCACGUUGCGAGAAAAGGUUGUAACGUAAUUUACAUAACAUAGGUGACGCGCCGGUGUCGCGUUACAGGCGACCGUUGAAAACAUAUUAAAGAGACUUUGUAUGAGUAAUAUAUUAAUGAGAUCUGCGAACGCUAAAUAACGCUAAACCUUACUUUUUCUUAAACGAAAUGAAUAAAAAAGUCUUACCUGCAAUCUAUUCCUCUGCGUUUUGGUGUCUGUUUGUCGUUUUACCGUUUUUUGGCUUUAUUGCGUAACCGCUGUUACUCCUUUCAUAGAACGAAGUGGAGAUUGGUAGUUUCGAAAACGAAGCACUCGAAAACGAAGACCGAAGCACGAAGCACCCAAAUCUCGAAAACGAAGCACCCUAAACUCGAAAACGAAGCACCCAAAACUCGAAAACGAAGCACCCUAGAUCGAAACGAAGCACCCUAAACUCGAAACGAAGCACCCUAGAUCGAAAACGAAGCACCCAAAAACUCGACACCGGUCUGUCCUUUAUAAACACGAGACCAAUGCUAAUACAGCAGGAAUCAAGCACUAUAACGAAUCGAAUGCAGUUCAAAUCUACUCAAGUUGUAAAAAUUUAUGCAUUUCCGCCGCUGCGUAGGAGGCCCGGUGGGAGGCUAUGUUUUGGACGUGAUCAGAAAACCGAGAACGCCUAAACUAUUUCUAGAAUGUUACUGUAUUGCCAGUAAAAGCCAAUCAGGCGUUAGUCUUAGUUAGGGUGGAUCGGUGGCAUAAAAAGCGUAUGUCCAGGCUUCGCCCCACCGGCCGCCUUCUCAAUAGCUUAACUCUCCCUUUUUUUAUUCGCUCCUUUUAUUUCAAAAUUCUCCUGUUUCCCACCAUAGAGCCUGGUCCCAGGCUAUUACCCUAGAACAAAUUCUGCCUGGAUCUGAUCUGAUCUGAUCACGCAGUGUCAUAGAUAUCCAAUAUGUUAGACUGCAAAACAAUCAGUUUUUUUCUCAAAAUCAGUGAAGAAGUCGGUAAAGCGUGGCGUAAGAGUAAUACGCGCGAGCCUCACGCUCCGUUUUCAGCCUCGUUUCAGACCUUUUGUGUUACUGCUCACGCGUACUUGAAUGCGCCAAAAUCUGCUGACGGACAGUUUUGAAGUCUACAUAAACAUGUAUGUGCACAGGCGGCCCAGACGUAGUAUGUGUCACUGAAUGAAUAUAUUAAUAUCCACAUGGACAAAUUAAUGCGAUGAGUCGUCGAAACUCCCAUGGACUAAAAUAGUCUAAAAGUCAAAAUAUAACAAAACAAAGCUAAGAUACCUUCAACUGAACGUAUCCUUGUCUUUCCUGGCCGGUUUAAGUGGUAUUUUGUUGAGUUUUGAAAUUGUAGGUACUAUCCACUAAAGAAGAAUUAAAGGCUGGCUACAAAACAAACAGACCAUCUUCACGCGCCUUCACACGAAGCGCUAUAAAUUCGAGAAUAAUCGACGAAUCUGCUCCAAAUAACCAUCGGCUAAUCUGCAGGUAACGUGUGCUCCUGCUUCUGGCUCGCUUGCUCGACAAAACCCAUUGCAACUGCACAAUAAUUGCUCGCUCAUCAACAACCACUGUUGACCUUUACGCUUCGAUAUGACCGCAAACGACCAGGUUUAAUACGCGACGUGACGCGACGUGAAUAUUCAAGCUUAGCGACCGCGUUCGCGCAACAAUGCAGCACUUGCUAUGGGAGGGAUGGUACUAUUGCUUCCAGGUCAAUCAAUCGGGAAAAUAAUAUUGAAGCCCAUGUAAUUUUUAAAAAGAUCCAAUUUGCCCAAGGAGCACCGAACAGAUACGAAUCUUAUAGCGGAGCUAAAAAAAAUGAGCGGCAGUGGAAAAAGUGAACAAGAACAUAUACCACAUUUUCUCCAUAAAAAGUUUUCUGGACGUUUCGCGUUGCAGUCAUGCAAAUCAACGGCAAGGAAAUGUACAAGAAAGUGUGCUGCAAUUAGACCUAUUGUUGUUUUUCACAGUUCUGGUCAAGGGCAUCCAACUUUUAAUUUUUCACAUUUCACUCACCGGGUUAGGCUAUUUUUCGUAGUGAGUAAAAUGGAAUCCUAAAGUUUUCGGAUUCAAAAAUGUGAUGAAAGAAGGUAUCUGAAAAAUUAUCUCCUCGUAAUACGUUAAAUUGCAUCUAAAAUUUUCGGGAAAAUAAUUCUGAAUUCCUCGUAAUUUCGAAAAGACUCAAGUUCCUCUAGAAUGGCCGAACACUGAGAUGCAAAUUUUAUAGCGCCACUUAGAAUGCAUUUCUAUAGAGGUAAAAGUACUUUAUGAAUAGCUACAGAAGUGUUUUCAAUUGAAAGUAUUUGAGGAAACAGUCGUUGGGUGGCCCUGUCUCGUUGCCUUCUCCGCUUAGCAUUACACGAUAUAUUUUAUAUUUAGUAUGAGCAUUAGCUUCGCUUUUAGCCCUCCUGACUAAAUUUAAGUAAGCGCUGUUUAGAAUGCAUUCUUCGAUCAAAAGUACUCUGGACAGCCUUAAAUGUGUUUUCAAUGCCUCUAGGGGGAAAUCAUCGUUGGGUGCCCCUGAGUUUUGAGAAUAAUAAUAAUAAUAAUAAUAAUAAAAAAAGAUAUCGCGCACAUAAAUUUUACUUUACGAUAUCUUCAGCUGUAUCUUCUAUUCAGCUGCAUAGCGGGGGCCAGAUUUUGCCUUUUUCCUGGGCGGAAAAUUCUCGUCCUCCUUCACCAGUUUGGACAACAUGUUAUGGAGUAAGACGUUGUUAAUCUAAGCAAAUAAGUCUGGUAGAGUCAAGAACCUAUGCAAGCGGCUGGACGAACAAUGUGACAGCAGCUGAGACAGCGAACGUUAGAAGAAUUCGAACUUGAAAACCAGGGCUGCCCUGUUGAAAACUUACGGACGGUCCCGCAAUCGCCUUUUGUUUUCUGGUCAAAACUAACGCAGCUAACCUUCGGUCAGUCGAUUGACCUAGAAGCAAUAGUACCAUCCCUCCCAUAGCAAGUGCUGCAUUGUUGCGCGAACGCGGUCGCUAAGCUUGAAUAUUCACGUCGCGUCACGUCGCGUAUUAAACCUGGUCGUUUGCGGUCAUAUCGAAGCGUAAAGGUCAACAGUGGUUGUUGAUGAGCGAGCAAUUAUUGUGCAGUUGCAAUGGGUUUUGUCGAGCAAGCGAGCCAGAAGCAGGAGCACACGUUACCUGCAGAUUAGCCGAUGGUUAUUUGGAGCAGAUUCGUCGAUUAUUCUCGAAUUUAUAGCGCUUCGUGUGAAGGCGCGUGAAGAUGGUCUGUUUGUUUUGUAGCCAGCCUUUAAUUCUUCUUUAGUGGAUAGUACCUACAAUUUCAAAACUCAACAAAAUGCCACUUAAACCGGCCAGGAAAGACAAGGAUACGUUCAGUUGAAGGUAUCUUAGCUUUGUUUUGUUAUAUUUUGACUUUUAGACUAUUUUAGUCCAUGGGAGUUUCGACGACUCAUCGCAUUAAUUUGUCCAUGUGGAUAUUAAUAUAUUCAUUCAGUGACACAUACUACGUCUGGGCCGCCUGUGGUAUGUGUACCGAAAAAAUGCAUAUUAAGGUAAGAUGUAUUAAGUAUAGCGAGACCAAUAAUAAAAAUUAAUACAGUAUAUCCUAUCCAGAAACGUUCAGUUAAACAGUUGGCAGGCUAGGAUCACUCCAUAAAACCUUGGGAUGGAUUUUGUGGACCUUUGGAGGUGCGGACGCAUCCGCUGCCUCCACCUGAUUCGGAUUGCGUCAUGUAAGACGUAAAGUUGCAGUUAUUAAACCUACAGUGGUUUUGAGUUUUGGGUGCUUCGUUUUCGAGAUUUAGGGGUCUUCGUUUUCGAGUUUUGAGUGCUUCGUUUUCGAGAUUUUGGGUGCUUCGUUUUCGAUCUAGGGUGCUUCGUUUGCGAGUUUUGGGGUCUUCGUUUUCGAGAUUUUGGGUGCUUCGUUUUCGAUCUAGGGUGCUUCGUUUGCGAGUUUUGGGGUCUUCGUUUUCGAGUUUUGGGUGCUUCGUUUUCUAUCUAGGGUGCUUCGUUUUCGAGAUUUGGGGGCUUCGUUUUCGAGAUUUGGGUGCUUCGUGCUUCGGUCUUCGUUUUCGAGUGCUUCGUUUUCGAAACUACAUCAUGACUUGUGAUAUUUUCGGCACCGGACAAACGAACAUUUUAGGUCUAUGUUAUUUAUUCGGAAAAACUUAUAAACAGCCCACAGUAGCUCCACUCUAGUCACUGAAAUCAACAAACGCGACCAAACUACUGCACUUAUUGAGACGGGCCUUCAAGGCUUUUUCAUAAUGAUACAAAGUUUAAAUAGAGGUUUCGCUGUAAGCAAUCCUUACGUUUGAAAUAUGCCAUGAUCAAAUUAAAGCCUGGUUUCCAUAUGAUCGCUACCAUCGCUGUGAUCGCUGCGAUCGCUGAGAAAAAAAAAUACUUCAGCGAUCGCAGCGAUCAUAUGAAACCACUCUCCAGCGAUCGCAGCGACAACAAUCGCUGAGAUAUAAAAAGUUCUAUCUUAGCGAUCGUUGUCGCUGCGAUCGCCGGAGAAUGGUUUCCAUAUGAUCGCUGAACUUUUUUUCUCAGUGAUCACAGCGAUCGUAGCGAUCAUAUGGAAACCGGGCUUUAUCUAUCGCAAUAACCAUCCACCCUUCCUCCUCAACUGCUACCUGUACGCCUUACAAACAUAUCGAACGCACUCUUCUGAGCUCCGAUUACUCUUAGUCAUAAGUCAUAAUCACUUUAGUAAUUCUCAUGAACUACAUCCUUAAUGACAUUGCUACUUGUAAUUUUCUAUUUCAGUGAUUAUGUUUGCACUUUAUUGUUACAAACAAUAGUUGUCAAGUGUGAUUAUGUACCAAAAAAGGGCAAACACUUUUAUAGCUGUAGUUCGCCUAACAAUAAUUUUCUAAUCUCCUAGCAUUGCCCUUCACUCACUUCUACCGACACAUUUCACAAAUAAUUAUUGCACUUAAGGGUGAGCUUUUAUUAAGUAAAUGCAUCUUUAUAUUAGCCGGCAGUUAUCCACUAUCACCCCCAUUUCCUUUUGACUAGAGUUACACAUGUAGGAGGGCAAAACGGGGUGAACAUGGGGGGAUGGACCUAUGCAGCAUUCGCUAACAACAGUAAAUCCAUUUAAAUCUCAGAAGAUCCUUUUUAAAGCCAGAGCACUAAGUUUUCAAAUUUAAUCCACAGGAGAAUAAGUACAUCUCAGCUUCCAAUAUUAGACCCGCCCUCCCCAGUUACAUGAUUUACUUUAUUUGUCUCCUGUCCUCCCACCCCUUAUGGGUUCCCCCGAGCUUCGCGAGGUUCUGCGAUACACGUAUUUCUAGUUUAAAGUUAUAUGCGCAAGCCAAAUUAAGGUCAAUUGACAGCUAUCAGAAAACUGAUAACGUGGGCUCAGGUCCGCUCAGGUAUACGAUCUGACAUUUCGACCCCACUACAAGCCGGACUGAAAUUUCUUCCUCACACUCGUAGUCGACGAUCCGUUAAUUCGAGAGGUUAAUUUACAGCUGUCAAACCAGAGCAUCCGCUGACCAUCACCACUUGAAAGUAUCGCAGUUCAUUUUUCUACCCGUUGAGGUCACGUAUUUUGAAAGUUUUCCGCUGAUAUUUUAUUUGAGCAGGGGCUCAAUUUUGUAUUUUUUGUAUUUUUUUUUAUUUUGUAUCUCUCACGUGACCUUACACCGACCGCCCGACCUUCUGUCCGUCCGCACCACAGGCAUACCAAUGUUUAAUCUCACACUUUCUAGCUAAUUUGGGUAUGGGUAUAGAAAGACUGGAUAGGAAACUGGCUGAAGCGAUCGAUUCCAACAUAGUGGAGAAAUGUGACGUCACAUUAACGAGAGCCAUUCAACCUUUUACAUCCGAUGUUUUGCGUGUCUUUGACGCUUUCUUUUCUGCUUUUAUCGACAAGCUCAGCGAGUGUCGAAUUUUAUAAGUUAACAACCCUUGACAAAAUGAUUUUAUUAGCGGUAAAACUGUCGAGGCUUGGUGUUUCAAGUACCCAGCUCAAACAAGCGUUCAAUUUUCUUUCAAUUAUUUUUCGCCCUAGGCCAAAGAAAACAAGAGAUGACAUAUGAGGAUAGGUGUAAAAUUCUUAAAUGGAACUCUUUAGAACGAAGGAGGUGAUUCCUAUCUCUGGUGGAGUGCUAUAAGAUCGUAUUCAAUCUGAAUGGUCUAAACUUCAGUGCUUAUUUUGGACUGUGCAAGAGCACUAAGAUGAGAUCCAACUAUCAAUAUAAGAUACAAACCAAACUCGCAAAAUUAAACUGUUAUAAAUAUUCCUUCUUUGUUAAGAUAAUCAAGUUUUGGAACGAUCUUCCAAGCAACGUAAUCAAUUGUCACGACAGUCCAAACAUCAAUAAGUUUUAAGAUUGAAAAAUCACAUGAAUAUUUAUUAAAUGCACAUUCCAUACUUUGUUAAAGAUGUUUCUGUGGUUUUUAUGUAUUUUCAUCAACUUGCUUUUAUAUAAUGUACAUAUUUUUUAUUGCUAUAUUUAUAUAAAUAUUUUUUUUGUUCAUUUAGGAGAUCCUUAAUAUAUGGUUGACCUUUGGGUUUCCUUUUUCUUGAUAACUGCACUUGUUUUUAACAAUGCCUGCUAUUUUGAAAUAAAGUAUUGUAUAUAUGUUAAAUAAGAAGCCGUAUUUGAGAAAUGUAAAAAAGCGGGGAAAAGCUCACAGCAGAGAAAGGAAAUUUGCUCGCGGACCACCGUGGAAACGGCAUUUCUAACUUUUUCAAAUCAAUUUUCAUAGUGAGGCCAGUUGUUUUCUUAUUUUCAGGUAUAAAUGUACAAUGACCCAAGGUACUUUUCAGUCAGCACGUCUUUGAAAAAGCGAACUGCAACGCUUUUAAAAAUGUUAUGUAAAACGGUUAAUUGUUAACUGCUAGAAUACAACUGGGAAGCAAACUCUCCUGGUUAAUAGUAGAACCUUCACUUCUUUUUCAUGAGGAAACAUUUGUCUUCCAUAAGGCUUAAUAAAACUUAGAAAUAUCAUCUUUGAAAUAUUGACCUUUUUUAGGAUGAAACAAAGUUUAAGUUUUUGUGUAGUGUUAAUGAUCAGAUAUGGAUAGGGAAUACUGUAAUUAACCUCUGAAAUAAACAUAAACACUGUUCCCAAAGAAAAAUAGAAGCUGCUUAUAGGAAAAAAAAGUGGUAACAUCCAGGGUUACGGGGCUUUAUGUUUAGUCUGAGGUAAGUGGAUGACGGAUUGAAAAAAAUAUGACUGUCUGGUCACAUUAUCAUGUUGUUGAAAACAAAAUUCACACCCCAAACAAGUACAGGUAUAUCAGUUUUAUUAAUUUGAUUUAGAAUAUAUUUUGGUAAGGUUUAUCAUCUACAGGUACAUUGUUGCUUUGGAUCUCUAAAAACCGAAUAUAAUAAUAGUGCUAAUCAAGUCCAUCUUUGGUUUGAAAAAUAAUGUGAUUCAGAUAUAGACCGUUUCAGAGAAGAACACUAACCAACUUAAACACAUGACUCUGUAGCCAGUACAAGCAUUGACCCUCAAACACAGUUAAUUUGUCCCACUCAGAAAGAAGUAAUAAAUACACUCUAGGGCCCAGUUCCUCGAAAGAUGAUUAAGUUUAACCUAGGAUUAAGCCAAGUUUUAAGCAGGGUUUUCUUGUCUAAGAUCAUGCAACUCGAGUUUACAAAUACUGUUGAGCCUUUACUUCGAAAAAUAGAAACCAUAACACAAAAUGUUACUCUAGGCAAUGCAUAGGAAGGCAAAUACAAAAAGUGGAACAAAAUUUUAAUCCUGGAUUAGUGCUAAUAAGCCUUUCAGAAACUGUGCCCGAAGGGAUAAAUAAAGCUUCUGAUCAUAAAUAAUUUAGAUGCCACCUUCUCACUCUCAUGCAUGAGAAAAGCAACUUUGUUGCUGUUUAAUACAGAAAGAUUGAUUGAUUUUUGCCCUCUCAGAAGAGUACUUGACCACAAUUUUACUGUCUUCAUUGACAACAACAACAAACAACAACAACAACAUCUUUAUUUCUUACAUUAAAUAUACAAAUAUCACACCACCUGCAAAUAGCAAGGCUAAUCGAGGCAGGUGGUGUGUAGACGGCUUAAGAUUUAUUACGAAAAGUUGAAGUGAAAAAGAACCAUAUUUAUAAUAAAAAAGGUCAGUCACGAAAGAAAUUGAGAUAAGAAAAUCGAGGCAGCUAUUUAGAUAAGCGGGGGCUAAUAUUUUUUAAAAUCGGAGAUUAUCGUGUUUAGGUCAGCAUAUCUAUCCUGAACUUCAAAUAUUUUCAACAGAAUUGUAUGAACUUUUUCCUUAAAGAGAGAUUUUGAAGAAUUUCGUAAAUUUUCAGGUAUACUAUUCCAAAUUUUGGCUCCCAUAAUAGAAAACGAAUCAUUUUUCUGAUUUAGUCUAGAGUGGCUUAUGUAAUAAUUUCCAGAAGAGGAGGAGCGAGUGCUGUAAGAGUGGAUUUGUUGAGUAGGAAUAAAGAGAUCUGAAAUAUUAUGAGGGGCAGUGUUAUUGUAAACAUCAAACAUUAACAUCGAAGAAAGCUUAAAAUAGAGCAUUGUAAUAGGCAUAAUAUUAGAGUGAAGAAAGUAAGGGACGGCAUGAGAGCGGAAAGGUGCGAAGUUAAUAAGGCGCACAGCUCUCUUUUGUAAUGUAAGGAGUUUCUCCAAAUGAGUUUUUGCAGCCUGGCCCCAGGCAACGAGGCCAUAAGAAAGAUAAGGGUAGAUUAAAGAAUUGUAAAUCCCGAAAAGUGUCUUAGGAGGAACAAAAUGUCUUAAUUUAGAUAGUAUCCCGAUGUUUUUACUAAUUUUUAGCGCAACAUAAUUAAUAUGAUGUUUCCACGAAAGAUGGUUGUCAAUCAUGACCCCUAGAUAUUGACUUUGUGUGUUCAGCAAAUCCUACAAUAAAGACAAACAAAAGGAAAACUAAAACACUGUUCAAAAAAUAACAACAACACUUAGGAGCCUAAGCGGAGGCCAAAGAAUGUCAGUCGGUGUUUUCCCAUUCAUGCAACAAUUAUUUAAAGUUUAAGCUAGUUAAUUAUGUAAGGGAAAAGUACAAACAUUAUUCGAGUCUCUUUGGUGCCUUCGAAUACAAGCUGCGAGGAACGACGUGAGGCGAUUGUAUUCACUGGAUAUGUAAUUUAGUAGUUUAAUUUCAACAUUAAAAUAUGAGCGAAAUUAACAGGCUGAUUUACGAACCAUUAGCAGGGUUAAUCUAGGAUAUUGCUUGAGCGAAACAGUUCUCAACACAAAAUAGUCUGUCGAUUGGAACUUUACACACCGUGUGUGUACACUUGCUCGGCGCCAACUCCGAAUGUAGUUAGUUUCAGCCAUUUUUAAUCAAAAUUUAUGGCUGAAAAAUAACAGUAUUCAGUUUGUAACCAUGCCUAUGCCACAAUUCCAUCCUUAAAACAUCUGUCAAUCGUAGUUAAGAAUAGAAACAAGAAGGAACCUUCGUAACAAAGUCGUCCCAAAACAAAACAAUUGCCAAGUGUACUAAAUAUGGCUAUGGUAAGGUCAAUUUUUGGGACGCAAUUUUCUGAAAGACAAGGGCAAAUAACACAAAACAACAACAAGAAGUGCUUACCUCGAAGGUUCAAGUGUGGCUUUGAAGGAUCGCUAUCGCCGUAAGACAACAAACGAA